GCCGCCACGCCCGUCCCGCUGCUGCCAUGGUAACCAUACGCACACUUCACGGACUAACGGAAUCGUCGUAAUCGUUGGUGCGGACCUGCGGCCCCCCGCAUCACCCGGACCACGGCACAUACUGUUCUCCGGGGCGCGACGUUUAGAUCUGUGAAAAAAGAUGAAUUUGGCUGAAAUUUGUGACAAUGCAAAGAAAGGGAGAGAAUAUGCACUUCUUGGAAAUUAUGACUCUUCAAUGGUAUAUUAUCAAGGGGUAAUACAACAGAUUCAGAGACAUUGUCAGUCAGUAAGAGACCCAGCUGUCAAAGGCAAAUGGCAACAGGUUCGACAGGAAUUGCUAGAAGAAUAUGAACAAGUUAAGAGUAUUGUUAGUACCUUAGAAAGCUUUAAGAUAGACAAGCCUCCAGAUUUUCCUGUAUCAUAUCAAGAUGAACCAUUUCGAGAUCCUGCAGUUUGGCCUCCUCCUGUUCCAGCAGAACACAGGGCUCCACCUCAGAUAAGGCGCCCAAAUCGAGAAGUGAGACCCCUGAGGAAAGAAAUACCAGGAGUAGGGCCUCGGGGACCUGUAGGCAGAGCACACCCUAUAUCAAAGAGCGAAAAACCCACCUCCAGUAGGGACAAGGAUUUUAGAGCAAGAGGGAGAGACGACAAGGGAAGGAAGAAUCUACCAGAUGGUGCAGGUGAUGGGGAAAUUCAGAAGUUUGAUGGUGCUGGAUAUGAUAAAGAUCUAGUUGAAGCUCUUGAAAGGGACAUUGUAUCCAGAAACCCCAGCAUUCAUUGGGAUGACAUAGCCGAUUUAGAAGAAGCUAAAAAAUUACUAAGGGAGGCUGUUGUUCUUCCAAUGUGGAUGCCUGACUUUUUCAAAGGGAUUAGACGGCCUUGGAAGGGUGUGUUGAUGGUUGGACCCCCUGGCACUGGUAAAACCAUGCUUGCGAAAGCUGUUGCCACUGAAUGUGGCACAACAUUCUUCAAUGUUUCUUCCUCUACUCUGACAUCUAAAUACAGGGGUGAAUCUGAGAAGUUAGUCCGCCUUUUGUUUGAAAUGGCUAGAUUUUAUGCUCCCACAACAAUCUUCAUUGAUGAGAUUGAUUCCAUCUGUAGCCGCAGAGGCACUUCUGAUGAGCAUGAGGCAAGUCGAAGAGUCAAGGCUGAACUCCUCAUUCAGAUGGAUGGGGUUGGAGGAGCUCUAGAAAAUGAUGACCCUUCUAAAAUGGUGAUGGUGUUGGCUGCCACAAAUUUCCCAUGGGACAUUGAUGAAGCUUUACGAAGGAGAUUAGAAAAAAGAAUUUAUAUACCUUUACCAACAGCAAAAGGCAGAGCAGAACUACUUAAGAUCAAUCUUCGUGAAGUCGAAUUAGAUCCUGACAUUCAAUUAGAGGAGAUCGCAGAGAAGAUUGAAGGUUAUUCUGGGGCCGACAUAACAAAUGUUUGCAGGGAUGCUUCUCUAAUGGCGAUGAGACGUCGCAUCCAUGGCUUAAGCCCAGAAGAGAUACGAGCCCUUUCUAAGGAAGAGCUGCAAAUGCCUGUUACGAAAGGGGAUUUUGAGUUGGCGCUGAAGAAAAUCUCUAAGUCUGUGUCUGCUGCAGACCUAGAGAAGUAUGAAAAGUGGAUGCUUGAAUUUGGGUCUGCUUAAUGUUAUUUUCUGUUGAGGCUCAUAUUUUGUUUGUAAAAUGCAAAAGAAAUUACUAGAAAUCUUUUAAAAGAUUUGAAUUUUUCAUAGGGGAGAUUCCUCUUUCAACAUCGUUUCAGUCAAAGGCUAAAAAUGCAAACUGUGAAGAAUAGAAGAUGUGGUUGAGGGAAAAGAAGAGCCUGGGGAGAAAGUGAGAUCCUUUCUGGCAUGGUUGGGCCCUAGUCAGGGGUUCCCAGCUUUUAUUCCUUGGUGUUCAGAUUGCUAGUCAGCUUGUCAAAUAGGCUAAAGUGGUGAAGGGAGCUAACAAAGUAUUCUGUCUUUUGGAAGAAAACUGUUUACAGUUAAUGUAGAGAGAACUGUCUUUCUAAUUAAUUUCUCUGUGUCUCAUGGAACUUAGGCAUUUCUCCUCUUAACUACAUUAAAAGUAUAUAGGGAACUAAUCUGACAAGUUAGCUCUUAAAAUUAGAAAUAUAUUUGUAUCAAGGUAGGAAAUCCAUGUUUUGUUGCUUAUAGGAGUCUCUGAAUCAGUUUUUGAUGGAGGCAGUGAGCUGGACCCAUCAGUCUCCCUCUCUAUUAUCUUGCCAACAUAGGCUUUCCCUUUUUCUCAGAGCUUUUAAGUACCAGAGUAUAGCUUUGGUGGCUGUCCCUGCCAGAUCAAUUUAAGUGCUUUUUAGGUCUGUUUUGUCUUUAAAGUUAGAAAUAUCUUUCCAUACCCUGGUCUUUGAAUCAUCAAAUAAAGGGUUCAUUUUCAUAUUCUUAUUUUUCUCCCCAAUGCUUAUCAAACUGAAUAUGGAAAGGGUAUGAAGGAAAUUUUGAAUCUUCCAAAUAUAAUACGAAAACAUUCUUAAUCUCUAGAUUUAUUUUCACUUCCAUUUCUUUUAUUGUAUUCAGACAAAUACAUCCUUCAUUUUCUUCACUCCCACCAUUGUUUGAAUUCUGAUGUUAGAUUUUGUUUGGCAAGCCAAAUUAUUCCAUAAUUUUCAUGAAUUGUGCACACACAUUUGUGGCUAAGGCAAAAGUAUUACCUACCUCAGAGGAUUGUUGUGUUUUGUUAGGCCUUAAUGCUCUAUAUAAAUGUGAGUUGUUAUUGUUUUUUGUUUGUUUGUUUGUUUUUGGUGGGGUUGGGGGGAAGGGAAAGAUAACAAUAGAGACCCGUAUUUUUAUUAGUAUAGGGAAUGCCCAGUGAGGAAAUUGCCUCUCCCAAUGCAGAUCUGCAACCAUUUUCCUGGGGUCAAUGAGAGGUUAAGUGAUUUUCCUAGGGUCACAGAACUAUUAUAUGUCAGAGGCAGGACUUGAAUCUGGGUCUUCUUGACUCUGGUUGGUUCCUUAAUUCACUACAUUAUGCUGACUUUCACACUUUUUUUUUUGAUGCUAGCUCUACUCAAGUCAUCAAGGUGUAGAGGUGACCCUGGCUUCUCCCAGUCUAUGCUGGUGGAGUGCAGGCUCUGGCAAUUUGUUCCAAGCUGGAAAGGCUUCAGGUAUGGUCCCAGUGAGAGGCCUGACCUGCUGUCAAAGGCCACCCCAGCCAGGUGGAGAUAAGACUUGUUUGGCCAUGGUGAGCCAUGAAGCAGCUCAACAUUCAAAAUGGCUUCUUUGUGGCUGCCUGGUUAGAUUAGUGGAAAGGGGGCAGAGAGCACCAAGAAUCACAUAGUUCUUAGACUGUCUACACACAUUCAUUUUACUCAACAGUUGUUUUAAUCCCCUGGUCUAAUGACCAGGUAGUGUUAGAUCCUGAAAGAAUGGGACCACAUCCAUAUUGACAUUCUCUCUGUCAGUCACAUCUAAACGAAAGAGGAGAUUUAGGUUCCCCUUGGAUAGUUCUGCAAGGGAUUUGUCAGAUUUGGCUUUAUCUUGUGUCCAAAGGUAAUAAGAAAUAUAAUUUUGUGGAAUACUUGGACUUCUCACUUUAUAAUACUCACAAUAAAUAUAAGCAAGCAGACCACUGUGAAGGUAACUGCAACUUAUGUGCCAACAUCUUUUGCAGAUAAUGAAGUAAUAGAGACAUUUCACAAAGAACUUGGAAAAGAUUCUCCACAUUGAGUCAGUGUCUCUUUUUAUUCUUGGUAACUUCUGUGCAAAAGUGGAUAUAGGGGAAGAUGAUUAAAAAUGCUGGAAAAUAUUAUUCAGGCUCAAGAAAUGAAAGAGACCAACAGACCAACUGAUCAGAAGCCUUGUGUUUCUACUUUUUGAAUAUUUUUUUCAGGAAGAGAGUUGUAACAUGACAGACUUGAUGAGAAUGAAACAACCUAGAAAAAAUAAAAUCGACUAUCUCUUACCAGACAGAAAAUACCUAGUUACUUGUCAGUCACUUCAGAAUCACUUGUCUGUGAAACAAUAAUAAUAUCAGCUAGUUAGAAGAAAGGUCAAAAUCAAUAACAAAUUAGAAAAAUGAUAAGGAUGAAAAAGUAAUAUGCAAUUUUAGUAGCUUCAACCCGAGUUGUUUAAACAGACUGUUGCCUGAAAAUAAAAAAAAAGACAAUGGUAAAAAGAAAUUUACUCUGUCAGCAUUUAUUGUGGAAGAUUAACUGAUACAAAACAGUCACUAUAAUAAGAAGGACAAAAGAAGCCAGAAAUAGUUUCAGCCAGGAAACACUUGAUCUCUUUGCCAAAUUGGGGGAAUAUGGCAGCUAAAGGCAACACAAUUUUAGUGUAUGAAUCUAUAUGUAAAACACUGUGGGGACUAUGAUAGAAGAUUACAAGUAUCAUUUCAAAAUAUACAAAAAAUCACUUGCAAGGGGAGAGGAGCCCACAGUGAGCAUGACAUCAGACUCAGGUAUGCCAAAGAGAUAAUUUUAAAAGCAUUUGUUGAUGUAAAUGGAAGGAGAAGAACAAAUAGUUAUAAAUUCAGAGAUCUACCAGUGUUUCUAUGUUCAGUCUCUUCUUCUCCUUAGUGACAGUAGUGGUAUUACUGCAUUUGGAUUCUGCCACCUUUGUGACUCAUAUGUUAUGUAUGUAGCAUUGAGACUAAGGAAGAUAAAGUUGGGAAGAGCAGGUUAACCUGACCAAAUGCAUAGAGAAUAAAUUUGUGCUAUGAGAGCUCAGUAUUGAAGACACUGAAGUAUCAAUUGGCAAGAUAUCAAAAUAUCACAGAAAAGGGGAAGAUGCCAAAGGGAUGGAGAAACAUGAUAUUACCAUUGAAGGGAAGCCAUCUAUAACUACCAGUAUGCCUACUCUGUCAUUUCUGUGAAUUCUCUCAGAAUGGUCUGUGCAUGAAUUGAGCAUCCCUUUAUGAGAACAUGAGAGAGGAAGAAGCAAGCUAUUUUGUAGACAUUUUCCAUAGUAGACUACAGUUACAAAAUUGACUCAGAGAUGUAGGAAAUGUAAAAUCUCAUGGUUUGUUAAUUAUAAAAAUUUCAUUUUUGAGCAAAAUUUUGAGCGAAUACAAUCUUUUUUUGCAAAUAUAAUCUUAAAGGGCCUGCUUAAAUAAGUUUUUUAUAUAUGUUAAGAUUAUAUAAAGUUCCAUGUCAGAUUUGGCCACAAAAAUAACUUUGUUCACUGAUGUGCUAAAUAUCAGUGUCAAGUGAAGCACACAAAAGGCAUCAUGGAGUGAAUCCCUUAGAAAUUCUCAUAAAAGAGAUGCUUUUCAUUGGAGAGAUUCUCUACAUCUUCCUCUUUGGUACUGACAUUGUGCUGAUUGCAUGGAGCCCUGGGUUAUGAUAGUACCUUCUCAGGGAGAUGUGUUUUUACUCUAAGAUAUCAGCCUGACUGUUCACACUAGAAAAACAGAGUGAGUGAGGAACACAAAUUGUUCCUCUUGGUCACGAAUUUUGAUAGGCAGUUCAAAGGCAUAUUAGGUAUAUACUAGGCCCAGAAUUGAAAAGGAGGACAAAUUGGGCUGGAUCAUUUAUAAGAAAUUUUGCAGUGCUUUUAGUGAUCCUAAGAUGCUUACUGCUACAAAAGCUCAUUGUAAAAUACUAGUAUUCAUACAAAAAGGCCAUAUGGCUAUAGGUCAUAAAAUCCCAUGAUUUCAGAAGAAUAAAAAUUAUUGGGAAGCAAGGGCCAAUGAAAAGAUGCAUUGUGUGUGUGUAAAUAUAUUACAGCACAUUACCAACAAUAACAUAUAUGAGGCUUGGUGGAAAAGACACUAUUAAGUACCCAUACUGAAAAGAGGUGGGCCAGUUAUGUAGCAGAAAUGAGAGAGAAGCGAAGGGGUGAAUAUUGCAUUGUUAUAAAUAAGGUACUAAAAAGCUAUAGGAAGACCUCUAGCAUGGGAUAGAUCUUUUAUGGAGGAUUUAUGAAAAACCACAGACACAUCUCUUAGAGUAAAAAGAUGAAUGUGGUUAUCUGUACCCAUGAAGAAUAUGGGAAAAUAGCUUACUUUUGGAAAUCACAACAUUCUAUAUAAGGAGCAUAUGUUCAAAAAGUUAAUCUACAAUAUUUUCUGAAUUAGAAAUAGAAUAGGUCUAUUAAUUUUCCUCAGUUUAACAAGAUUCCUAAAACAGAGAAAGUAGCUAGUAGAAGGAUUAGAUUAGAGACAUCUAGGUUAUAGGUAGAGAAUAAAGUUUUUUGUGUGUUUUACUUUACCCAAUUUUUCUUAUGUAAUCAGUGCUUUUCUCAUUUAUAUCUGAAGAUAAAUUUAUAUUUAAUUUUGGAUAGUACACAUCUUGGUUAAAGGCUAAAACCAAAAAGCAGUACAACUUCAAAAGCACUUAUUUAUAUACAUACACAUGUAUAUAUAAUACACACAUAUACAUGAAUUAUAUAUACAUAUAUAUGUAUGUAUGUAAAGACAGAGACACGUACACACAUAGAGAAAGCUGUGAGUACUUUGCUGGGUGAAGAGAGAGUUCAUUUUUUUCUUCUUACCAUCUACUAUAAAGUCCACAUGCUGUUUUCAGAUAUUCCUUUUGAGGCUACUUGAUCACCAGUAUUGGUCAUUUGAUGCUCAAUUUUUGUAUUUUUUUCCCCUUGCCUUAUCACUUACCUAUGGCCCUAUGAAUGAUUUCACUUUUCUUCUGUGAGGCACAAAUAUUAUAAAAAGUCAAAAUCACAAGGGCUCAUGAGUAUUACAUUAGAAUUCAACCUAUUUUUUUUUGUCCUGAUGCUUUCUUAUUCCUAAUGGCAUCAAUCUUAAAGAAUUGUAUGGCCCCCUUGGGUAUCCUGCUGUAUGAUAUCCAAUUAGUUGUUUCUUUUUCCUUUCUAAAUUAUUUGAGGUGCUCACUAAGUCCUGUUAGUAUUUUGAUUCUCAAAACAUCUAUGUAAAAUUUCAGUUGUGCUUGGUAGGAUUAAUUUUAAUUAGAGCUUGUGCUACCCAUAUCCCUUUUGUGAGUUAAUUCUCGGUGUUAUUUCUUACGUGUUAGAAUUCUUUUUCAGAAUUCUAUGUGGAUAGUACUGAUUCUCAUUUUUUCAUUUGUUAGUUAAGUAGUAUUUGGAGCUCCUGGUCCCUUGCUUCUUAGAAGCUUUACUUUCAUAUCUUACCCAAGUCAAUUGUGCUCAUUUAUACCAUUUCCUGUCAUUUUGUUCCAUCAAUGCAUGGUGACCUAUACAUUUCUCUUGACCCCAUUCAGGAUGUGGAAGAGAACUCUAACUAUCCUUCCUCACCCUUGGUUGCAAAUUGCAUAUAAAUUCAUCUAAUCAUGUUUUACAUUUUUCCUGGUAUCAAACUACAGUGGAUUGACCUCGGAUGAGAUAGUAAGGAUAAUUUUUACUGUGUUCUAGCAGCAGAUGCAUUAAAAAGUUGUGAGGACUUGUAUCCAUCCGUUGAUUCAUCUGAAACUGUUAACAAGAAUUUCAGGUUUUACAAUAUAUUAAUUCUAGAGUCCUAUUUUAAUAGCUUCUUUUUAAAAUUCCAAGCUAUUUUUCCAUUUAUUCUUUCAAUAAGUAUUUAUUGAACACACGGCAUAUGUGAGGCACUUUAUUAGGUACUGUAUGUAAUACAGAGUUAUUUGAGAGAUAGUCUUUGUUCUUUCUUGCACUCUCUCAACUUGCACUUUGUAAACUUCUGGCUUCAAAUUCUUUAAGAAGCUUUUGAUCACCAGCUUAACUUUGUUCAUUUAUACAUUACACAAAAUGAAGGGUAUAGUCAGUAGAUAACUGAUAAGGUUGACCAUGGUGGAUGGUCAGAUCAAAUAACUCAGAGAAGACUGAAUCUUUAGUUUAAAUUUAACAAAUAUUACUCUCUCCCUGGGCACCUGGUUGAUGCUAGGGUGUUUAAACUUUAUAGUCUGAAUGACUUGGAUCAAUUUGUAUAGUUUCCUUAAGUGUCUCUAUAUAACAUUGCCCUUCUGCUAAGUCAAAUAAACCAUUUCAUCAUCUGAAAAUGAACAGAAUUAUAAAGAAAUAACUAGCUAAUAGAAAUAUGUCUUUGCUUUCCCCGACAUUAACCUGGAACACAUGUGUAGUCUAUUGCUAGUUGUCUGAGUAUGUUUUGCCUGCCUUUAUUUGAGGUUGUUAUUGCUGAUAAUUUCUUUGUAUAGUGAUAGAUUCUCCUGCCUCUUCAUGCUAGCAAUGUCACCUCAGAAUAUACCUUACAUUAAAGAUGCUGCAGACAAUGUUAUGAUACUGAGAGUUUUCAGAAAAGACUAGAGCAAAGAACACAGGGUUAUCUUCAAUCUUAUAUGAGCCUUAGGAGCGUGAGUGAGUGAAUGUGUGUGUGUGUGUGUGUGUGUGUGUGUGUGUGUAUGUAUGUACUUUUAAAAAGUUCCUUAACUUUGAUUUGGUUUCUGUGGUUCAGGAUUUAUUUUCUGCAAAUUAUAAAAAUAGUAAUGACACAUUCAUAUUUAUGUGAGUCUAAGGUUCUGGAACAGUAGAACAAGAGAUAUUUGAGUUAUUGAAAGGCUGAAGAUCAGGAAGAUAAAAAUACUCAAAAAGUUUGAUCCUAAUCAUCAGUAAAUAUUAAUAGGGAAGAAUAAUUAUAAAUAUUUUUGUUACUGAGUCGAUUUACAUGCAUUUUUAAACCCUCAAACUUUUCAUGCUUUUUUCUUUACUUGAGGCAUAGACUUUUCAUCUUGUUCCCUAAAAUACAUCCUCUGUAUGAGUUUUGUAAGAAUAAUGGAUCUUUGGUGUACUGCUUAUGGCAAACUGGGUAUUAUUUUUAAACUUUUCUCUCCUUAAUCUAUAUUUUUUUUUUACUUUUAUUAGCUUCUAGAAAAACCCACAGCUUCAAAAAUGUUACUAAAUGACUAGGUGUCUUGUCAGCUAAAUUGGAGAAAUCCUGAUGGUAGGAGAUUGAUUUGUUGCUUUUCUUAUGUGUACCUACUAUUUCCCUGAACCAGGACCUAUAAUUAUCCUAAUAUUUCUUCACCAUGACUGUUAGUUAUUUGAGCAAACAAAUACCUGAAGGCUUCCUUUGCCAGUAACAUUUAAUAAUUUGGCAGAACAGAUGGUGAGGCAGUACAAGCAAGUCCUCUCCAUUGUUAUCAUCGGCCUCAAAGCAAUUCAUUCUUCCAACAGCCACCCAGUUUGCCUAUUGCUUCCGAAUUCCAAAAUGCAUGUGGCUUUCAUGUUGUAAUCAGAAGUGACUACAAAUGGCUCUUUACAAAAACAUGAACCUUUGCACAUUUUAUGCCCCAAAUCUACCUCAAUUAAACUAGGCCUAGAUUCAAGGGGAGAAAGAUGAGAGAAUGUAUAUAAUAUUGAAUGUCCAAGAUAAUUACAACACCAUAUAUGCAGAUUUAUUUCCAUGGGGCCUUCCCUUUUCUUUGUGAUCCACUUGAUUUAUUUUAAAAGAAAAUCCAGAUUCUCCCAUUUACCUUGGGUUCUACUUUUUCUCGUAGCUGUUAGGCUCAGAGAAUACAACUUAAGCUUAUGUGGAAUGUCAGCAAUAACCUGGCCCUCUUUUUGUGUGGGGGCAACUCAUUUCAGUUAGGCUGAGACUUUAUAUUUAGGAACAGUUCAGAGAUAGCUAGGUAUAUGUAUAUAUGUAUAUAUGUGCACACACCCUGAUGUUCAUUGUGCUGACUGCAUAAAGGGUAGUACUAAUUAUUGCCGCCUUCUAAACUCAGACCUAUUUGUGGUACAGCAGUCGGGGGCAGCCUUCCAUUAACAUUGUGAUGGGCUCUAUGUGGGGGAAGCUGUAUUCUACUUGAGAAAGUCUGUUAGUGUAUUUUCAAGCGUUUAUGUUUUGGUGUUUGUCUCAGUAUUUUGUACCUAAUUUAAGGGAAAGUCAUCUCUAAAUUGUAUUUAUUAAAUGUGUCUCUCCUAACAUUUGUAUGCUGCUACCUUGCUAGUCUCAUGAGUUUUGUUGUGUUUAUGCUCAGGUUGUAUUUUGGUAAUAAAUUUCUAGAGUGUU